UUAAUCACCUCUGGGUCUUUUUUUUUUUUUUAAACAAACCAAAAACUGAAAAUUUUGAAAAAAAAAAAAGUUUUUUCUUAGUUUUUGUUAUAAAAUUUUGUAAAUAAGUGAUUUUUCUCCUUCACUGAUGUGCGCUAAUGAGGCUGCUCUGAUGGGCACUGAUGAGGAGGCACUGAUGGCACUGAUAUGUGGCAUUGAUGUGGCACUGAUGGGCACUGAAAUGUGGCACUGAUGGGCACUGGCAGGC